GCGACACAGCCCUGAUCGCGCGGGCACCGGGAGGAGAUUUCUGGAUCUUCUUUCCUCCCAAACACUGCCAGCGCACAAAACCGGAUUGACAUUUUAUCAGAAAAUACAACGGAUUUAUCUGUAAACAGCUGGAAUUAUCAACCAACAUUACAAUCACUAUAUAUUUUGUGCUAUUUGGAGCUUGUUUUUAACUUGCACCGGGACAAAAGGAAAACUGUUAUUUUUGAAACUAUCCAACAUCAAAAGUUAAAUUUAAACCCCAGAUUAAGUUGUUGAGAACUUUCGGAGCUGAUUUACGGACAAAUGUUGUCCAUUAUACAGGUGGGUGGAAAAAACUAACGUUUCGUCUGAAUAUUGAUAUUUAAAGACUGAUAUUGGAACUGUUGCUGUAAAUUUGUGUGCAUACGUAAAGCUUUUAUGGGAUUGAGCCAUCGACCGUGCCCUUUUCCAUCCCCGUCCGCUGCUGCUUGAUCUGGGCGGCAGAGGAUGCUGAACAACCGAUACCCUCACGCACCGCGAGACUCUCUGGUCUGCGCGCAUAGCUCGUUCUCGGAUGUUUCGCCGUUCGGUUCUGUGCUCGUGUAUUUUUACAAUAACGUGAAGCUACCAUAUCUGUUUAAUUCGUUAAAAUGCUGUUUUUAGUUAAAAUGCUGUCUUACUGCUCAAAUCAUAUUGCACUGUAAAAAAAAAUCCCGUAAAAAAACAGAUAAAGUACUGGCAGAAAAUUACCAGUACAUUUUCCUUUAUUUUACGGACAUUUCCAUUAAUGCUAAAAUGCAAAUGAAUGCAGUGCAAAAUGUAAAAUACAGGUAAAACAACUGUAAAAAUGAACACGGAAAAUUCCUUCAUAUUAAUACAGUAUAUUGUGCCCUAUUUUUACGGCUUUUUUUUAGAGUGUGGUUAUAACGACUAACUCGCUCUCCAAGCUGUAGAAACUCCAAACUUUUCCAUCGUUUAAUCGGGGUGAAUACGAGGAUUUCUCGGCACCCAUGACCGAAAUCAUGGCGUUAAGUGGACACUCCAGAGCUCAGCCUUACGCCAAAGAUCAAGGCUCCGUUCAAAACACUUUUCCAGACGUUAUUGAACUCAACGUCGGGGGGCAAGUGUAUUACACCCGUCACAGCACGUUAACCAGCAACCCCGGCGCUCUACUGGGGAAAAUCUUCUCUCCGAAAAAUAACGCGUCCAACGAUCUCGCCAGAGACCCCAAAGGUCGCUACUUCAUCGACCGGGACGGCUUUUUAUUCCGAUAUGUUUUGGACUACCUCAGAGACAAGCAAGUCGUCCUCCCCGACCAUUUUCCAGAGAAGGGGCGGCUGAGGAAAGAAGCGGAGUACUUUCAAUUGCCCGAUUUAGUGAAACUUCUAACCCCGGACGAUUUAAAACCCAGCCCGGACGAAUUCAUUCACAGCGAUUACGAGGACGGGUCCCAAGGAACGUGCCCGCCGCCGUCGCUCGUUCCCGCUGACAGAAAGAGUGGCUUCAUAACGGUCGGAUAUCGCGGGUCUUGCACGAUGGGCAGGGAGAGUCAAAGCGACGCCAAAUUCAGGAGGGUGCCGAGGAUUAUGAUAUGCGGGAGGAUUGCGCUGGCCAAAGAAGUUUUUGGCGAGACCUUGAAUGAGAGCAGGGACCCGGAUAGGACACCUGAAAGAUACACGUCCCGCUUUUACCUCAGGUUCAAACACCUGGAGCGCGCGUUUGACAUGCUGUCGGAAUGCGGCUUCCAGAUGGUGGCGUGUAACUCGUCGGUGACUGCAUCGGUGGUCAACCAGCACACUGACGACAAGACGUGGUCAAGUUACACAGAGUACGUCUUUUACCGUAAGUUUCUCCUCUAAUGUCCUGUCAAAAAUUGUGUCUCGUCCGAUAACGCGAUAUUUGCAUGCUCUGCCAGUUUUUGCUGUUGCUUUCAUUAUACGGAAAAACACAUACAUUUUCACGAGGGACUUCACGUGGCAAGCACACAAAAAUGAUCUAAAAUCAUGUUUUUUUUAACUGUUUUUCAUGUUUUAUUCUGAAAUUCAUAAGGCUUUCCU